AGUCAAAGAUCUAAAACAUGGAAGAAGUUCAAUGACAAAGCACACAAACAAAUUGCAACUAAUGAGUAAGCUCAUGAGUCUAGUGAUUGAACCUACUGAUGUAUCCAAUACUCAACCAUAUAGAGUAAGCUCACCAUUUUCUUUGCCACCUUUUGAUUCUCUACCUCCUGUAAAUUAUCCUCCUUAUUGUAGUCCCCCUAAUGCCCCUGCUUCAACCCUUCCAACUCCCAUCGGAAUGUCCACUCCUAGCUUCCCUCCUACUCUUCCGGGCCUAAGCCCACCACCAAGCACCACUGGGACCAGUCCAAGCCCGCCUGAAUUCUCGGCCACCCCGAACACACCGCAAGCGAUACCAACACCGACAAUUUAUGAGCCCAGUCCACCAGCCAUUGUGAUUAGCCCACCAUUCUAUGUCCCAUCUCCAAUUGGGUUUAAUCCAAGCCCACCAGUGUUUUUACCACCAAUAGUGUACCCUCCACCAACGGGUCCACCACCUCCCAAUGUGGCUCCAAGCACAGCCUUAUGGUGCGUGGCUAAGCCAUCGGUGCCUGACCCAAUAAUUCAAGAAGCUAUGAACUAUGCAUGUGGGUCUGGAGCAGAUUGUAAUUCCAUUCAGCCUAGUGGGUCAUGCUUUCACCCUGACACUUUGUAUGCACAUGCUUCUUAUGCUUUUAAUAGUUAUUGGCAAAGAACAAAGUAUUCUGGUGGUACAUGUGAAUUUGGAGGCACUGCCAUACUUGUCACAGUUGAUCCAAGCUAUGAUAGUUGCCAUUUUGAGUACGACUGAUUGAUGAAGAUAGGGAUCUCUCCUUGACAGCUAGAAGAUUUUUUUUUCCCUUCUUAUUUUUCUUUUUUCAAUAAAGAAAGUAAAUUUUCCUUCACGUUACCUGACCCAAUCAUAAAUUUUGUUAAGUAUAAAUUUUCUUAGGCAACCCUAUUUGGAUAUAGGAUGUUUUUUUGGGUUUAUAAUAGUUCCUGCCCUCGUGAAAAUUGUACAAUGCAUUGCAAAACUAUUGGAAUAAAAAGGAAUUGGAUUAUUUAUUUA